AUGUCAGGCAGACCGCCGGGCAUCUGUAUACUUCUGAGAGGUGGAUCUUACUGGCGGCAAAAGCCAAAAAUUAACUAUUUGCAUUUCCAGCACCGUCAAUUGGACUGGGGCAAGGCAGGGUCGCUCGUGAACAUCAUCAACAUGAUCAGCGAGGAUGACAAAUCGUCUGUACAUCUUGUCAAUACAUACCUGUUGCUUUGGUCAGAACAAUUUAUACAAAGCCUUUCGAUCAUCUCGUCAUUCAAUCCAUACCAUGCGAAAUGUCAUUCAAUGCUCAUUCGGCUUCUGUUCAUCGCUCAGUGUCAUGCUAUUCUGUACGGUCAUCGUUUGUGCUCUGUUUCCUUCUCGCCUGCUUAUCAAUGGUUUUCUGGCGCUUGA